GAGUCCGAAUUGCAGCGUACUAAUCAGAAGAUCCAGGUCGGUUUAGCUGAUCUGACAAAGCGGACCAAGUUAGACUGAUCACGGGAAGUAAGCCGUAGACCAGUUAUAUAGAAAAUAGAACCAUUAUCUUGACGAUUUGAAGAAACAUUUUCUGUGCGCUGGAGUGCAAAUAUAAUUAGACAACAUUAUCUAAUUGUUUCUUCUGUAUUCAUUUUUAACAUAGACAAGACUUACUGGUAUUAUCUGACAUUAAGGCAGGAUAGCUGCGGCCAGAGACAGUCGAUGUCGGUUCUGAGAUCUUGCGGCGUCAUCGUGAGGAGCUGUUUGAAUGAAGCGAGAGGAGACACCUGCAAAUCAAAACAAGCAACUCACCUCGCGAAUCGACGAUUAAUAACAACAAAACGAGAAAAUGCCCAUGUUUACAGUAAAUGUGAAAUGGGGGAAAGAGAAGUUUGAUGCGGUGGAGCUGAACACGGAGGAAACCCCAAUGGUUUUCAAAGCACAGCUGUUUGCACUGACAGGAGUUCAGCCAGAGAGGCAGAAAGUCAUGGUGAAAGGAGAAACACUGAAGGAUGAAGAGUGGGGAAAAAUCAAAAUAAAAAAUGGAAUGACUUUGUUAAUGAUGGGUUCUGCAGAGGCGCUGCCUGAGGAACCUGUAGUUCGUCCAGUCUUUGUUGAAGAUAUGACAGAAGAACAACUAGCAUCAGCUAUGGAAAUGCCCAGUGGACUGACAAACCUGGGCAAUACUUGCUACAUGAACGCUACUGUUCAGUGUCUGCGCUCUGUGCCAGAACUCAAAGAAGCCCUGAAGAGGUAUUCAGGUGCCUUGAGAGGUUCAGGUGCAAAUGCUUCUUCUCAGUAUAUCACAGCAGCUCUUCGUGACUUGUAUGACUCCAUGGAUAAAACAUCCUCUAGUAUACCGCCUAUCAUCCUCCUGCAGUUCCUGCACAUGGCCUUCCCUCAGUUUGCAGAGAAAGGAGAGCAAGGACAGUAUCUUCAGCAGGAUGCCAAUGAGUGCUGGGUUCAGAUGAUGAGAGUAUUGCAACAAAAGCUGGAACCAUUGGAGGGCGAGGCUCCUAUGGAGACUGAUUCUGGGACAGCAGCAGAAAGCGGGGCAGCAGCUGCUCCAACCAAAAAGCACUUUAUAGACCAGUUCUUUGGUGUGGAGUUUGAAACAACUAUGAAGUGCGCAGAAGCUGAGGACGAAGAGCCAACGAAAGGGAAGGAGAACCAGCUUCAGCUCAGCUGCUUCAUUAACCAGGAGGUCAAAUACCUCGUCACAGGACUCAAAUUGCGUCUACAGGAAGAAAUCACCAAACUGUCUCCCUCCUUGCAACGAAAUGCUUUGUACAUAAAAUCUUCCAGAAUCAGCCGUCUACCCGCCUACAUGACUGUUCAGAUGGUUCGAUUCUUUUACAAAGAGAAGGAGUCUGUGAAUGCCAAGGUUCUCAAGGAUGUGAAAUUCCCCUUAAUGCUUGAUGUUUAUGAGCUCUGUACUACAGAGCUGCAGGAGAAAAUGGUGUCCAUCCGAUCAAAGUUCAAGGAGGUAGAAGAUAACAAACUCAACACGCAGCAGCAAAAGGUGGAUACGAAAAGUGGAACUCCAAAAGAAGUGAAAUAUGAGCCAUUUUCCUUUCCCAAUGAUACUGGCUCCAACAACAGCGGAUAUUAUGACCUGCAGGCCGUCCUAACACAUCAAGGACGAUCUAGUUCAUCAGGUCAUUAUGUGUCCUGGGUUAAGAGGAAAGCAGAUGAGUGGAUCAAGUUUGACGAUGAUAAAGUCAGUGUUGUGUCCCCUGAAGACAUCUUGAAGUUGUCAGGUGGUGGAGACUGGCACAUAGCAUACGUCCUGUUGUAUGGACCUCGCCGGCUAGAAAUACCUGAAAAGCAAUAAUAAUUAGUAAAAUAAAAAAUGCCAUUUCCAAGCACUGUCUGCGUAGAUGUGCAAUAAAUAUUUGUGUCUUAAAAACUCUUGACCUUAAAACUUGUUUUGUAAUUGGAUUUCUAUACAUCUAAAAUCUUGCACAUCCCUUUGUGUCAUUAAAGAGAAAAGACCUCAUAGUUUUAACUGGCCUCUCCUUUGAACUGAAUAAAAUGGAACAUAGUAACUCUUAACAAUUGCCUGCCUAGAGUAUACAUUUUAUAUACAGUAUUUAAAAGCUUUUGACCAAUUUUCUUGUCAUACAAAGAUGGUCAUAUUCAUAAGUUGGUGGCAACAUAGUAUUUUCCCUAACAAAUAUAUUCAUUACAAAUAUAUUUGUAGAUAUUUUUUUGUUUGUUUUGUUUUAAACCUAUAUCACCCGAGAUUGGUAAAUGGAGACUUAUGCAACAUUUAAUUUGCAUUAAUUCUGUGUUAUAGGGAAAUAGUGCAAAGGAGCAUGUGCUUUGAUUUGGUUUCAUAUAUACGGUAUGAACAGAACAAAUUUACAUACUAGCAAAACAUUCCCCUACUUCACAUGUACAGUAAUGUGCCAUUCACAUUUAUAUAUCCUAGGAACUUUGGACAAAGUAUUUCCAUAUUAAAAGUACAGCUGUUUAAAAUAAAUAAAUCAUUUACUAUGACUUGAAGUACAGAUGGUGUAUUCUGUAAAAACAGUUUUGUUAUACAGAAAAAUAAAUAUUUAUUGCACUCCUAUGUUUCACAUUAACUUGUCUUUACUGUUGCAUGGGUUCCAUUCUACAAUAUGUAUAAUUCCUCGCCUUCCUCAUUCUGGGUAGGGAGGCAGAAGGAAAAUUGUUGCCUCACUUGUAACUGAGUGCUGCUGCCCAAAGUCUAAACAACCAUAUUGCCACAAUCAAGUGUAAACACAGCUCAUCUAGUUUUUUUUUUGUCAUAAAUUAUUGAUGCUGGCAGGAAAAAAUAAAUAAAUGUGUUUAAUGGAA